GCUCACGACUGAUGGGGCAACUCUGAUCCAUCCAGACUUGGAUCUGCGACAUCAAAGUCUGAGCCACACCAUCUCCAAGGAGUUCCUCGAAACCCUAUAUUAAGAGUUGUGCCUUUCUUGGGUUCAUAUUCGCUGAAGUUCAAAACGUCCUCGACAGACGUAUUCCACAUCAUCAGGUACAGUCCAUGUUCUAAGGAGAUGUCUUCUUCUGGCUUUAAUAGUUGUGAGGACUCAUGCAACGGUUAUGGAAGUUACAUGGUGUCCGGAUCUUGUGGGGGCUGUUGUGGAGGGCGGUCACUCUGCUCUGAGCCAUCAUGUGGUUCAUCGGGGUCUUCGUGCUGUUCUGGGAGGUCAAGAGCCAUGGGGAGCUGCUGCAGUCCACCGUCUCAGCAGUAUUGCCCACCUAUGCAAAAGUACUGCCCUCCGGUCCAACAGUGUUGUCCUCCAGUACAGAAAUACUGCCCACCCCAGCAGAAGUAUUGCCCUCCGGUACAGAAAUGCUACCCACCCCAGCAGAAGUAUUGUCCUCCAGUACAGAAAUGCUGCCCACCCCAACAGAAGUGUGGUCCUCCGGUACAGAAAUGCUGCCCACCCCAACAGAAGUGUGGUCUUCCAGUACAGACCUGCUGCCCACCUCAACAGAAGUGUUGUCCUCCAGUGCAGAAAUACUGCCCACCCCAGCAGAAGUAUUGUCCUCCAGUACAAACGUGUUACCCACCUCAACAGAAAUAUUGUCCUCCAGUGCAAACGUGUUGCCCUCCAGUACAGCAAAGCUGUGCGCCUCCUCAACAGUGUUGCUUACCAACCCAACAAUGUGGCCAGCAAGGCUACCAAAGCUAUGUCAGCAUCAAAGCACCGGCGAUCUGCCAGACAAAACAAGUGUGCACACCACCAGGACUUCUGAAGAAAUAGCUGCUGAGGAAGAUGUCCAUGUGCUAAUGACGACAUCCUAAUCUGCCUUGCAAAAAGUUGUUUCCUUUCUUCCUUCCUUCUCAUGAGCCAGCAAAUAUAUCCAUCCCAUGAGACAGGGACACAUCUAAGCUAUUACCUUGUCUAUUCCAAACGGAGAAAUGUUUAGCAUAUGGAAUGAGCUUCUCAGUUGGCUGUUCCAUGAGUAAAACUAUUUAAUUCAUCUCUUCUUUUCUUAUCCUCUAAAUAUUUAUGCAUCCAAGCCAAUAAAAUUUAU